GUCAACCCCUAAAAAAGGAAAUCAUUUGUAAAUUGCAACGCUCCCCACCGUAGAUUGUACUCCGGGUCGUGUCUCACCUGCACACCGCACCGACGGCUCUUACUGUACGAACGAGAACCAUGCAUCGGGAGAAAGACUUACCUGAACUGAUGGCGGAGAAGGACAGCCUUGACCCGUCCUUUGUUCACGCGAUGCGCCUGCUCGCCGAAGAAAUUGAAAAGCACGAGGAUGAUGACGGCGGGAAAAAACAGGAAGAGGUGAAGAAAUAUCUCGACAUCAUCAGCAAUAAAAACAUCAAGCUGUGCGAAAGAGUCCUCAUUCCUGUCCUACAGUACCCAAAGUUUAAUUUCGUCGGAAAGCUGCUGGGACCCCGCGGAAAUUCAAUGAAGCGAUUACAAGAGGAGACAGGGGCGAAGAUGUCCAUUCUUGGCAAAGGUUCAAUGAGGGAUAAAGGCAAGGAGGAGGAGCUGAGGAAAAGCGGCGAGGCUAAAUACGGCCAUUUGAGUAACGAUCUCCACGUCCUGAUCGAGGUCUUCGCCCCGCCCGGGGAAGCCUAUACUCGCAUGAGCAGCGCCUUGGACGAGAUCAAGAAGUUUCUAGUGCCAGACUACAACGACGAGAUCAGGCAGGAGCAGUUGAGAGAGCUCUCCUACUUGAACGGUUCUGACGAGACCGGCAGGGGGAGGACAGCACCAGCCAGGGCCCUGCGCCCGGCCUUCGCCCCAGCCUCGAGGGGCCGUGGCGGUAUUGGCAGAGGGUCGGUGGCAUCUCGCGGAGCCCUGGUGACUCAGAGCAACCCAGCCAGCGCUGCCGGAACCAGGGACACACCGUCCCACAGGGGCAGGGGGGCACCGGCGAAGCCUGGAUACCGGCCCCCACUGUUACCAAUCACACAUGAAUCCUACGAAGACUACAGCUACGACGACGGGUACGACGGGCAGUACGACGACGAGAGCUACGACGCCCACGACGACAGCUACAGCAACCAGUCCAAAAGCAUUUCAGAAUUUUAUGAAUAUGGACACGGUACCAGUGAUGACUCCUACAAUAACUAUGAGGAGGACUGGGCGGCGUGUCGGCCCAAUCGCAAAGCCCCGACAGUCCGUCUGUCGAGAGGAGGCUUCAGAGAACAUCCUUAUGGGAGAUACUGAAGGUUGAUUUCGUUUUUUUUAUGCACCCCCCCCCCCCACUCAUAAAAUGUUACGGCUGUUCCUGCCAUCAUCCAUUUGCUCGAAAGCCGUUUUUAUUUCCUUUUUCGGUGGACAAAAAUACUGUAAAGCCAACAAUAAUCUGACCUUUCGAUUAACAAUACAAUGUUCUCUUUUACUUGCCUUAUGUUUAUCUGUUGACGGUGGAUUUGGUAUUUAUGUGACAUGGGGGGAACCUAAGUGGAACCUAAAUGACUUGGAUAUCCAGGCAUAAACACGAAAAAAAAAUAUAUCACAUAAUAACAACCGAUGUUAAAAGGGCAUGGUUCUGAUGCACUGACAGAACCCCCCCAAGAAACCAGAGUUCAGGGUUUGGAUGAUUUCAAAACAGUUGGGCUGGUAAACAGGUCAAAGCCCAAGCGGAAGUGAAUGUGUUCCCGAAGAUUAAAAUGUUGACAAAAUACCGUAUUUCAUACUUUGUCGAUUGUGGUUUUGGAUCUUUUAUGUGUCCAAUUGAAGUGAUUGGGUCAGCACAGUACUAGAUAAACAACAGAAUUAUCAUAUUUAAUCUACAGCACACUACACAGGUCAUUGAGGUAGGAAAAAGAUGUAUCUGCACUUGUGAUAUACAGUACAUCUAGAAUUUAUUAUAAUAUAUAUAUAAUAUAUAUAUAUUAGUUCUCAAAAAACGAAUUGCACAAUUAAUGACACAAUUCAGCUAGGAUUAAUGUUUGUGUAGAACAUGAAUAUUACUGCAGUAGGGUAAUUAGGGCAACUGAAAGUAUCACCAUGUAAAACAAUAUCAAUACUAUUUCUAAGCUAAACACUGGUAUGAACUCCCAGAAAUCAUAUUUUAACUAGAAUCAACCAACCGCAUGUACUUUCACGUUUCACAAGUUAAAUGUCCAAAAUCCAAAGGCAUUAUUUAUGGCAUGGGUUUUCUGCGAAAUGUGAAUUUGAUCAUUUGAAACUCUUACUACUUUACAAUCCACCUGAAUUGACACUUAAGUAAGCACCUAAACCCGUUUUCACAUUGUGAGAUGUCAGAAAAUGUGUGUUGUUUGUUGGGGCACCGACCAAUCAUGAGAGUGCACAGUACAGUGUGUAGUUUCUAAACAAGUGCUUUGGUUUUUUCCUAAUAUGUAUUUGUACAUAAAGCAUUUAAUAAAAACAACACAAAAAACAA